AUGGGCAAGUCUAGGGCAAGGACAUUGGCUCCACGGGGAACGGCGCAAUGGGUGACUAUGGAAAACAACAGAGACCACUCGCGGCUUGAAAGGGAAGUGGUGUCCAGUCAAACCCAGGCAUGGGAUCAAUCAUCAACCGAUUUCAAUGCUGACUAUGAGGACUUUGGUAAUAAGGAACCAAUUGGGAGAAAGAAGACAAAGAGCCCAAAUGAUUAUCUCUGGGAAUGGAAAUUUCAGACUGAUGAUUACCUCCGGAUCCUCCACGAACGAGAGGCUCCACCAGCAGAUAAAUCAUGCUGCCUGUGCAGUGCUGAGUCAACUGUGUAUAGGUGCCACGACUGUCUCGGCGAGCCAUUAUUUUGUUUGAAGUGCUGCAGAGAUGAGCACCAGAGACUGCCCUUCCAUAAGAUAGGGAAAUGGAAUGGAGGAUUUUUUGAGGAAACGUCUCUGACUAAGAUGGGCAUGGAAAUUUAUUUGGGGCAUCAGGGAAAGACUUGUCCAGUACUUGGGGAAAUCCACGAAUGGGAGGACACCGACGAGCCAAUACAUCAACCGGAAGAGGACCUCCCUACUAUACUCGAACUUCCAUUCUUGAACAGCAAGCAAUGCAUAACCAUCGUUGACAAGUCCGGAGUACAUUCGCUCAUGAUACAGUUUUGUCAGUGUCUGAAUGCUUGUACCACCAACAAGCAAUUAUUUGAGAUGGGCAUGUUUCUGGCAUCCUUCACCCGGCCGAAGACCGCAUUUACCUUUCCGGUGCUGGAUGGUUUCGCCUUGGACAACUUGGAAUGCGGAACUUCGGCAAUGAAUUACUACAACAAGUUGAGAAGAAUGAUGUCAAGUAUAUUUCCGCAACUAGUCCCUGUAGGUGUUGCAUAUAGAAAUUCAACAUCAUCAAAGCUCAAUUCCCCACAGGACCAUUACAGAGAACUGAUGAGGGUAGCACGGCAAUGGCGACAGCUGAAGCUGCUCAAAUGGAAUGGGUUUGGUUAUGAGAGAAGAAGGCCGACAUCUGGUGAACUCGCUCUCUUUUGCCUGGCUUGCCCUCAGCCCGGCAUUAACGCCCCACUACCGGCCAAUAGGCACCCCGAUGAUCCCAGUUGGCUAUAUGCCCGAUCGCUGGUCAUGGAUAGCAACUUCAAAGCAGAGCACCUUCAUCCUACUCACCUGGAAGAUGAAGUCUGGUUGACUGAUGGCCAGUGCUUCAUGGUUUCCAAAGACCGAUAUAAGGCUCAUCUAGCCAUUGCCAAAGACGUUGUUCAACCGUCCGAGUGCAACAAUCACCAAGCUGUAAACCAGGCCAAUGCGUCACGACAUAAAAUAGAAGCUACUGGGAUAGGCGGGUGUGCGUGUGCCCGCCACAGCUGUUUUGUACCUCAUUCGGUUGUGGAUUUUCAAAAGGGCAAACGGCAAAUGAAUAUGGACUACGCCCUAUGUAACGCGUUAAGCCACCGCACAAAUGGGCUCAGUCAAGCUUUGACAUUUUAUGACAUUAAUUCGUCGGGUGAACGAGAGCCUCUAUUUGAGCCUCCCUUCUGGAAUGGAGAUCAUACCGGGAAUUGGCCUCUGGCAUGUUCAUGGACACCAAGACAAAUGCUAUGUUUGGCAGUAUUCUUUGCCGGAAAUAUAAGGAAGCUACUGAAGGGCGUCGCAGAAAGUGCCUCUGCUUUUGACAAGCUCAAUGAAACCACCGAUCCUAUCAUGAUUGCAACAUGGGAAGAACAAGACCGAUAUGCACAUUCAUGUCGAGUCGCCGAUCCAUCAGCGAUGGAUGUAUUUGAAGUUCAGUUAAAGAGGGCACCAACUCGGAAGCAGCAGGAGCUAGCUUUGCUGUCCUCCCUGGGUGCUGCUACAUGGAUUGCAUCCGGCAUUACCAUAGAAGAGAUGCAGAUUGCGCUGACUAUGGAUACUAGGAGGCUUGGCAGACACCCCACAGAAACCCAAACCUUGGAUAUAUGCCAAUGUCAGACAAAAUUGCAAAGUCAGAUAGAUGAGUUUACAAUGGUGGCAGCAACACAUCUCGGCGAGGGCUUUGACAUUGAUGAUGAAAUCAGAGAUCUUCACUUGGACUUCAUGGAUGACGAUUCAGAAGAUGAAGGGAUUAAUGGCAGUGAUACAGAAUCUGAACCCGAAGCACAUGGAUGUCGGCUGCGGGAUCUCUUCUACCCCGAGAAGACCGUGAUACCUCUGCCAUCUAAUUUCGGCGUAGCACACUGUGCGGAGCUGGGAGUUGAACACCUCAUUGGUCAGGAAAUUGCACUUCGGGAAGGUCAGGCCAAUGAUGCCUUGCAAGCGAUCAGAAUGCAUCUAGUGGAUAAGGCUGUGCUCUUUCGUACCGCCAUGCGUCUGGCGAAAUCACAAGCCAAGUCAACGAGGGCAUGGAUGCAGGCACAACUAGGAAACCUAGACGCUCAUGGCCUACUUAAGAAGUAUCUCCAGAUGGAAAAGUGCCAUCUCAAAACCACUGCUGCCAUGGCGGACCCGAAUGCCCAGGGGCAGCGAAAUGCAACUCUCCCGUGA